AUGGCCGACCUCGGCGACGCUAGAGCGAAGCUCGCGGAGCGCGCGGCGGCGAUGGUGGCCCCUCCGGCGGCCCCACCAGCGGACGCCGUCAUCCACGACAUCGCGGACGACGAUGACCCCGUGCCCGGCCGCUUCGAGUGCGUCGGCGACCAGUUCGUUCUAGUCGCGUCCUUCGGGACCCCGGGUCGGGGACGCCUCGCGCCGUCGAGCUUGGCGAUGGACGUUUCAGAUUUGAGUGCAAGUUCAAUGGAGUACGACAGCGGAAAUACAGAUGAAGAGGAAUUCAAUAUUUUGUCUGCCAACGAUAAUGCGCCUCCUGAAGAUGAACAAACUUCUGGAGACGACGAUGUCGACGAAAGUAUGGAUGCAGAUGGUGGUGAUCUAGAAGAUGAUAAUGUAGAGCUAGAAGAAGAUGUUGACACUGAUAAUAUUCAGAGUGAUGUUGUGGACGAGCCAACUGAUGACGAGAGAUUGGACUCAGGUUUUGUUGACGAGGUCUUAGUUGGCGAUAAUUCUUCUUACGACUAUUACGGUGAUUCAGACUUGGAGACUAUAGAAGAACCUGUUAGAAGAAGACAUGUGAAAUCAGUUGGUAAGAAAAAGAAUGGAUCAGAGGAUGAAGAUGAGAGUGAUACAGAAGAUAAGAGAAAGUUUUACUGGGAGGUAAUGGAGAAGACAUUUGUGUCUGAGGCAGCUGCUUAUACUUUUUAUAAUGGAUAUGCUCGACAAGAGGGAUUCAGUGUAAGAAAGUUCAAGUUCAAAGAGACUAAGGGUGCUAACAAAAUAGUUCGCAGAAGGCGUUUUGUGUGUUCACGGGAAGGAAAACGUAACAACAAGUUUCUGACUAUGGACAACCGCACCCGUAGGUUGAGACCUUUAUCACGUUGCAAUUGUAAAGCGGAGUUGGAUGUGAAGCUUGAUAGAGGUUCGGGGCUUUGGCGAGUUGCAAAAUUUGUUUACAAGCACAGUUAUAAGUGUGCAGAACCGACGGAGAGCCCAUUUUUAUGGUCACAUCGGAGGAUAAAAGAUUUCCAAAAAGCGGAGAUAUUAGCAUUGGCAGCAGCUGGGGUUAGGAAGCAUGUGAUCAUGGAUACCUUCCUCAGCAAGUAUGGUCGGUACACCACUGUUGGGUUUACGAGGAAGGACUUGUACAACAUGUGCUGCAGGGAGAAGAGAAAGUUACUUGCAGGUGGUGAUGCUACCUCAGCCAUUGCCAUGAUGGAGAAUCGGAGGAAGAAGUUUGCUGACUUUUUUUUGAGUACGACGUUGAUAGUAAAGGUCGUUUGAAAAGCUUGUUCUGGUGUGAUGCUCAGUCCCGGCAGGAUUACAAUGAUUAUGGAGACGUACUCGUGUUUGACAGCACAUAUAAGAUGAACCGAUAUGGUAUGCCAUUUGUUCCGUUUGUUGGAAUUAACAAUCACCGGAGGACGACAGUUUUUGCGUGUGCCAUCUUAUCAGAUGAGAAGGAACGCACAUAUGUAUGGCUACUGAAGACUUUUUUGAAAGCUAUGUUGCAGCAGAAACCCAAGUCAAUAAUCACCGAUGCCGAUAGUGCGAUGAUUAGAGCUAUUCGAAGUGUGUUUCCGGAGCAGUCGCACCGUAUUUAUUC